GUCAACUGCUUUUGAGACACCCCCUCACCUCACCUGUGACUGUGACUCUCUGACUGUGAGUGUGAGUGAUGAAAAAAUAAAGUCCAGAGCAUCGGCUUUCACACCUUGCAGUGCAGCAAGACCAAUCCCUCUCUCCCAAGCUCUCCGGUCUCCGCUAGCUUUCACUUCUCCCAAGUCCCAACCCGUUGGCUGGCUGGCUUUAACAAGGUGCGUGGCUCGAUCCAUGGCGUGGACGCUGCUGACCAUCUGAUCCAGUUCUACUCAGCUCGAGGCAUGCGUGGCCGAUGCCCAGCUCAGCCGCCGCGCGCCCCCUGCUGCUGCUGCUCCUCUUCUUCUCCUCCUUCCUCGUCCUGCAGAUCCCGUCGUUGCUCGGUUCUCGUUCGGCGCACGCCGCCGUCGCGGACCCCACUGCUGGGCGGCGGCUUCUCCCCGCGCACGCAGUGCCCGAGCUGCAGCCCGUGGAUCAGGCGGUGAUGAAGGAGAAGGUGGCGGCGCAUCCACGGGCCAUGGAGAGUACAGCAACGAGAAGAAGCGGCAGCGGCGGCUCAGCGUUCGUGGACGCAGUGAGUAAACAUCAGGUGCCAAGCGGCGCCAACCCGGACUCCAAUUAGCUUAGCGAUGUGUCGAUUCAAUUCGCCCUGCCGGGCCGGAGAGCAGCUACCGGAUUAGUAAUGUAUCUCGUGUAUGUAUGCUUGUGUAUAAUAUGUAUGUAUGCUUUAAUCUGUUGCUACGACCAAA